AUGAAUUUCGUUUGGGAAAAAAAGAUUUUUUUAUUAUUUGAUUCAGUUCAUUUACUGAAAUGUAUAAGGAAUAAUUGGUUAAACCAAGCUGAAACCAAUCAAACCUUUAAUAUUCCAUCUUUUGAUGAUACAGAUAAUAAGUUGUACUGUGCAAGUCUAUUGCAUCUGAAAAAAUUAUAUAACAUAGAGCAACAGCAUUCUAUAAAAAUAGCUCCAGCUCUUUCGAAAAAAGUUCUAUAUCCAACUUCUUUAGAACGGCAGAAUGUUUCUACUGCCGUUAAACUUUUUGAUGAAAAGACUGUUGCAGCAUUACAUGUCGAAUUAAAAGAAAACAAAACAGGAUAUGGAGAAACUGUUAGAGGAACAAAAUAUUUCAUAGAAAUAAUUUUGAAAUGGUGGAGUAUUGUCAAUGUUAAACAUCCACGCAAAGGACUACAUUUAGCAGAUCCGAAUCGUGAACCAGUAUUUUCAAUUAAUGAUGAUAAAAUUAAAUUUCUCGAAAAUUUUUGUACGUGGUUGAUAAAAUGGAAUGGUGAUGACAGGAAAAAGUCCGGAAAAACUGUUGGUCGACUCACCAGAGAAACAUAUCAUGCACUGAAACAUACAACCACAACUUUUAUCCAGCUUUCGGAUUAUUUAUUAAAGAAUUUAAAAUUCCAGUAUGUGCUGUAUGGAAAAUUUCAAACAGACAAUUUGGAGGCAAGAUUUGGACAAUAUCGCCAAAUGAGUGGUGCAAAUUACCAUAUUUCACUGACUCAGGCUUUAGAAUCUGAAAAGAAACUCCAGUUAAUUAGCUGGAUGAAAUUGAAUUCUUCAAAAAACGGGGAGUUCACAAUAAAGACAUUACAAACGGAUAAUGAUGAUUUAGACAACAGUACUGAAUGUAGCACUGAAAAGUUUAAUGAAAUUAUUUCCUUUUCACAAACAUUUAAAAUAACGGAAAAAGAUAUGAGAGUAUUAAUUUAUAUAGGUGGAUAUGUGGCUCGAAAAGUCUCUAAUAAAACAAAUUGUUCAAAAUGCAAAAAUAUUCUACAUUCUGAUAAGCACACUAAUGAUGGAAAAAGAUAA